GGAUCAGCAUCAUGGCUUGGGAGAAGUGAGUAUAAAAGCCGCAAGCUGUGGGCAGCCAGCACAGACAGAGGCUCUCUCGUUCUUGGCAGGAUGGCUUCUCAUCUGCUCCUCCUUUGCCUUGCUGGACUGGUACUUGUGUCUGAGGCUGGCCCUGCGGGCACUGGUGAAUCCAAGUGUCCCCUGAUGGUCAAAGUCUUAGACGCUGUCCAAGGAAGUCCUGCUGUCAACGUGGCCGUGAAAGUGUUCAAAAAGGCUGCUGAUGAGAGCUGGGAGCCCUUCGCCUCAGGGAAAACCAGUGAAUUUGGAGAGCUCCAUGGGCUCACAACUGCUGAGAAUUUUGUAGAAGGGGUAUACAAAGUGGAAAUAGACACCAAGUCCUACUGGAAGUCACUUGGCAUUUCCCCGUUCCAUGAAUAUGCAGAGGUGGUGUUCACAGCAAACAACUCUGGCAGCCGUCACUACACCAUCGCUGCCCUGCUCAGCCCCUACUCCUACUCCACCACGGCCCUCGUCAGCAGCCCCAAAGAAUGAGGGACUCCCCCUUGGGUGGGUUUGAAGGAUUUUGUGUAACCGAUAGUGUUCCAUUUUUAUUAAUGCAGUGUUUUCACUUUAUACGCUAUGGUAGAAACUUGGGCAGAGACAAUAAAACAUUCCUAUUAAAGCA